GAAAAGUAUAUUUAUCAUAUAUUUUCGGGUGAAAAACUUUCCUGUUCCCAAAAAACGCCUUCAAUUUCUCCGUGCAGGGUCGCGAUUCUGAGAGCGAAACGCGACUCGGAACCCUCAGAUGCGGAACGUCGUGGUGCAGUGAGCGCAGCGAGGAGAAGUUGGUUCGAACCUUUUCCUUCGCGAACGGGCACGGUUCGUUUCGGGUGCUUUGUUUACCCGCGUAUCGACGAGCCAUCGACUUUGGUAGGCGCUGCCGGGGCCAGAACACCAGGAGUCAAUGCUUCCGACGGGAACGCACUCGGCCGCCCCUUCCGACAACAGUAAUAACGAAGUCGGCAAGAACGGUAGCACCACCAUGUCCGGCAGUUCGAUAGGAAACCGCAUCACGAUGAUGGAACAGAUGAUCCAGAGCCCCCGUGCGACUCCCUCACUGUCGCUGCCGAUCACAUCGCAGCCUCCGACGAAUCGUUUCAAUCGCACCGGAAGCGGUGGCAUGGGCGGAGGGUCAGGACCCAAUCGACCAUCGUUAGGUUUGAAUCUGCCCAUCGUAUCCGGCAAUCGGAGGAGCGAAUCGGAACUCAAGUUCCAGAAGAUCGUCGACAAAAGCGGACGGUUGAAGAUAAACGAUAAGAUCUAUCGCACGCAGCUCAGUGAUCUGGAGGAUUUGGGCGAACUUGGGAACGGGACCAGCGGUCAUGUGGUAAAGAUGCGACACAAUCCGAGUGGUGCCAUCAUUGCUGUUAAGCAAAUGAGACGCACCGGUAACGACGAAGAAAACAAACGAAUUAUAAUGGAUCUGGAUGUGGUGCUGAAGUCGGAAAACUGCAAGUACAUUGUGAAGUGUCUGGGUUGCUUCAUCACCGAUGCAGACGUUUGGAUCUGCAUGGAGCUGAUGACGACGUGCUUCGACAAACUGCAGAAAAAAUCCAAGACACCGGUGCCGGAAGAAAUCCUCGGCAAGGUAACGGUGGCCACGGUACGAGCGUUGGCCUAUCUCAAGGACAACCACCGGGUGAUCCACCGGGACGUGAAACCCUCGAACAUCCUGAUCGACGAUCGGGGCAAUAUUAAGCUGUGUGAUUUUGGCAUCAGCGGUCGACUGGUGGACUCCAAUGCCCGUACACGGUCAGCCGGGUGCGCUGCAUACAUGGCGCCGGAGCGAAUCGAUCCUGCAAAAACAGUGUAUGACAUACGGGCAGAUGUGUGGUCCCUCGGUAUCACGCUGGUCGAACUGGCAACCGGUGUGUUUCCCUAUCGUGGCUGUGUGACCGAUUUCGAAGUGCUCACGCAAGUGCUCACCUCGAAUCCACCGCGGCUACCAGAGGACCAAUCCUUUAGUCCAGAGUUUCGUGAUUUUGUACAGCUAUGCCUGCAGAAGGAUUAUCAAGCUCGGCCCAAAUAUCCAGAUCUAUUGAGACACGCCUUCCUACAGCGUGCCGAGCACGACACUAACAUCAAUGUGGGCGAAUGGUUCCGUAAUGUGGCUGUCAAUUGUGGCAUUCAGCUUACAAGCCCGCAACCCCCGAACGCUGCAACCGCUCCAGUCACUUCCCCUCGAACGUGGGCCGUAUUCUUGGAACAACCCAGAAUACCGACACCGCUCGGAAGCAUGACGGAAGCGGUCCAGGCCCAAUCGAACCAGCAAAAACAAACCAUCGCUAUCGCCGCCUCAUCUAUCCCGAUCAAGUCAACCGCCACCAUCCUAUCUCCCCACAUUGCCAAUGAAGCACCUAGCAACCUCAGCAAUCUGCAGCAACGAUCGCAGCAACAACAGCAGCAACUUCUUCAGAGCAAACUUAGCAACAUUAGUCUAGCGUCCUCAUCAUCCUCCAUCUCGGCAGCAGCAGGCACGACACCAGUAGCAACGGCCGCUAACUCCAUCGCCACCUUCACGCCGCCUACCUCGUCUUCCUCCCCGGCCGCAUUCGACCCGCGCCGGUCACCCUCACCCCAGGCCUACUAUUUAGCGAAAAUGCAGUCAAAAAGUGCCAUUACUAGCACUAGCGUACCGAUAGCGACGGGUAUCGGAGGUGGACCGGGACUGGAGCGAAACGGUUCACUCGAACCAGCACGAAAGUACAAACACUCGCCGUUUCUUACGCGACGCACCGCCUCCGAGUACGGCAACGGUAGUCCGAAGAAGGAAUCGACUCUGAGCAGUUUGGGGCAAAGUAUCUUCAAAAACCUAACGACAUCACCAUUUGCACAGCGAAAAUCACUUCCGCCGGGCGAAUCGAAGCUUGCCUGCUCAGCGUCUACCUCACCAUCCCCGAUGCCGGUAUCCUCCGCGCUUUAUGCAAACGGUGCUGGACCAGCUAGCAAUCCGUCCUCACCGUUGUUGCUGCUCCGCAAGGCGCACGAGGUGCCGGAAUCAGAUACGCAGUAUAAACAUCUGCACGGAAACACUAGUCCAAUUGUUCUACAGCGAUUCUAUCACCAACAGAAUCAGCUGAUCGAGCAGCAAAGGGAAGCACUGCAGCAACAGCAGCAGCAAGUUGUUUACGGGUACUCUUCACCUUCUCCAGUUCCUUCGGCAAGCGAAGCAUCGCCCCGCCCAACCCGUUACAGUCCACUACCCUCUCAUCGAACCGUACACCACGGGGUACACCCGGUACUGAGCACCUCGGCCCUACACCAAAGCGCAAUUCCGCUCUACGUACAUCACGAACCUACGGCAGGGACAGCUCCUAUGCCUCCACCUCCCGCUUCCGGCAUACCCGUGUACCAGCAAUCGAGUGGUACCACAGCAAGUCCCAAGCACAAAUCUUCGUCCUUCUUCAACACGUUCAGCCGCGGCAUGAAAAGUGCCGGUCGGGGUGACAAGGUGAUUGAUCGUGGGGGCAGCGCUGCACCCACGCUGGUGACUGGGGAUCGCCCACUGUACGCCACAACUAGCCAAACCAUGUAUCAUCACCAGGGACAGGCGAGUGCGACGAUGCUGCAUCGACACGGCGCACACACAGGUAUCAGCAAUGGAGGGAUGGUAGUACCGGACGGUAGUAAAGAAGAGACAGGAUGGUUCAAUUCCUUUGCAGAUAUCAAGCGAAAGUUUGCCUCGUUCGUGAAGCUUAACAUAAACAACAAUGGGACGGGGACGAGUGGUGCGGGCACCGGUGGAACUACCACAAUUGGAGACAAGCGGACGCUAAAGGAGAAACACCUGCAGCAACAACAGCAGCAACAGCAACACCAUCUUCAAUUGCACCAACCGCAGCUUUAUGGAUCGAAUUCCUUCGAUAUGCCAGCAACAGCGGGAACAUUGACGGCGGGUUCUACCGGAAUUUACGGUGCGGGAGCAUUUCCCGGUGCUUCGGCUUCGUCGGUAGUGCAACCACCGUCCGCCAUACCACCGAUGGCGCACGUGCUCAACAGCCCAGCGACCGAUCGACGGCACCGUAGUCCAGAUCCUCCACCAAGGUUAAACCGCGGCCAAUCACCGCUACUUCUGCAGCGGAAACUCGAACAGCUCGGUCACACCGGAUCGCCGUUGCUGAAUAGAAGACCCUUUAACUCUACCUCCCCCUCUCCACCACCACGCCGUGGUUCGGAAAGUGUUCCCGGAUCUCCGCAACAUUUGCGUGCUCGCAUCAACUACACACCGGAACCGCACAGACGUCCGUACCGUACUACGAUCGACCAAUGAGUGGGACUACAAAUUCUGGCCAUGUGAUCGAUGUACACCUUUCUCGACUAGCUGCGGGUGUCCGUGUGCCGCAUGUGUUCUUGCGGUUUGCUGCUUGCUUUCGUUGCUUCGAAGCUGCAAUUGUGCUACCUUAUGCAAGGUAUGUAGCCAAAGUGGGAUGCUAAACGCGAAUCGCUUCUCUCACAUUAUAAUACCCGGACGCAAUAUGGAUGCAGUACCAAACGUGCUAGUAGGAACCAGUUUAAAAAAGACGCUCAUACAAUUACGCUGCCUCAGGUAAAGGAUGGAAUGAUAGGGUAAAACGAAAACAAACAAACAAACAAAAACGAAAACGAUUACAAAAGAGAGGAAAGGGAUGUGCAUGAAAAGGAAAAGGAACAAACCAAUCGAGCACGAAAAGUCAGCGCACGCAAUGUAUUCCCCGCUCAAGGUUUACAGAAACAAUCCACCAAAAAGCCACCGCACGCAGCACGCGUCAAAUCGUAGCUAGCGUGUGCGUGUGUGUGUGUGUGUGUGUGUGUAUGCGCAUAGGAACAUUAAACGCUCAUUCGCUUGCUUUAAAAAUGGAGCCGCCACCGUGCUGUUGCUAGUUUGUAGGUUAAAAUGUUUAAAAACAAAAACAAGGAACGCUACGGCCUUCCUAUAUAUCUCUCUCACUCUCGCUUUUGAGGCCGGGUCUGUAAAAAUAUUUGUUGAAUGGCAACAAAAUGGCGGUGUAUUAUAAAAGGAAUAUAGAACAUUCUAUGUCAAAUCCAAACAUAACAACAUUUUUAUAGACUCGGCUCGUUAGUAUCAGCAUUGUUUGGAUGCUUGAUGCAAAUGCGAAAGUUUAUCUAUUGUGAUUGUGAAUGUUUUCUUCUGGUCUGUGCGAUAUUACCACACAACAUUUGAUGCAACAUGAUAAUGUUCCCUUACGAGCUGUUUUUACCUGUCCAUUUCAUCUUAUUUGUCAAUGCUUCGUGUUUAAUUUUCUCUCCAUUUUCCGCUUCUGCUUUUUGCAAUGUUUCCAAAUUUACAUUACCUCACAAAUUGUAUGAUAAUCAAAAAACUAUACUAUAGUACAUAU